AUGCCUCGUGGUCAUAAAAGUAAGCUUCGGGCCCGUGAGAGACGCCACCAGGCACGAAGUGAAACCUGGUCUAUGCAGCAUGCUCAGGACAGUGCAGCAGAAGAGAGAGAAACUCUCUCUUCCUCCUCUCAUCGUUGUAGUGCUAAUGUUCAGAGCAAAGAUGAGGAGAGACGAAGUACUUCCUUGGCAUUGUCCUCAACUAGAUAUUCACCUUCAACUGAGAGAGAUGAUGUAGCAAUUUCAUUGGUACAUUUCAUGCUGCGAAAGUAUCACAGGAGGGAGCCAAUAACAAAGGAAGAUAUGCUAGAGCAUGUCUUCCCACAGAACAAGGAACAGUUCCCUGUGGCUCUUAAGAAAGCCUCUGAGCUCAUGGUGAUAGCCUUUGGUAUUGAUGUUAAAGAAGUUGACCCAAUCAGACACUGCUAUGCAUUUUUCAGAAUAUUAAGUCCUAACGGUAAUGAUGAAAUUAUGAAUGGUGAGGCAAUCAUGCCCAAGAAUGGUCUCUUGAUAACAAUCUUGUGUGUGAUCUUCAUGAACGGCAGCUGUGCUAAUGAGGAAUGUAUCUGGGACAUUCUUAGUGUGAUGGGGAUAUAUGCGGGGGUCAAUCACUUCAUGUAUGGAAAUGUCAAGAAGCUAAUUACUAAAGAUUUUGUGAAUGAGGGGUAUCUGGAGUACCGGCAGGUGCCCAUCAGAGGUUCUCCAUGUCGUCAAUUCCUAUGGGGGCCCAGGGCCCUCUAUGAAACCAGCAAAAUGAGAGUCCUUGAGUUUCUGGCCAAGGUUUAUAAUACUGUUCCCACUGCCUUCCCAUCCUUGUAUGAAGAGGCUCUUAGAGCUGAACAAGAAAGAACCCAAGGCAGAUUUGUAUCUAUGGUUCUUGUUGGCUUAAUGGGCAGUUCACCUUCCAGUGGUGAUUCCAGCAACUCCUUCAAUUUCUUCUAA